UACGCUAUUGGGAAAUGGCGGGUGGGUGAUGGCUACCGACGGCAUCGACAAGCAAGGCAACAUAUUUGAAACACUGCGCUUUGUAGCACUGUCUGACGCACCGUUGCUUUCAUUCGGCAGAUCAUUUGUAACGGCCAAUAUAAAAAUAACAAAGUGCAUGCGCCGACGCGCCUUAAGCAGCGAACGUAGGGAAUCCCAACGUCUGCAGCAAAAUGCGAUGAGCGAGGGACGGCCACGAUUUGCGAUCGGAAUGUUUUCGGGUUGGCGCCUGCGCAUGACUGCAUAGCGGUUCUUACGGCGGCUGCCGAGGAGGGAUCUUCUAGCGCACGCGCAGUGACGAAUAACGGUGGACUGGGGGCGUGGCUAGACGGUAAGGAAGGGGGAAUCAGCUGACUUCCUCGCGUUGGAUCGAGGGGCUGUCAUCGGCGGAAAGAGGGAGGACCACCCCGGCCUGAAGGAAGUGCCAUGGCGACCACUGUUAGCACUCAGCGGGGCCCGAAUGGAUCUCCUGAUAAGAUGCUAUCUUGAGGAGGCCCUCACCUGCAGAGCACAGUGAUCGACUGGGUAUAUAAGGGGUGUAUAUUGGUGAACUUCCUCAAGAUUUCCUUCGUAUCACCCCAACUCAGCAACAGCAGCAGAUCCAAUUGGAUGCUCAAGCAGCUCAACAGUUACAGUACGGAGGAGCAAUGGGUACCGUUGGGAGACUGAGCAUCACUGUAGUGCAGGCAAAAUUGGCAAAAAAUUAUGGCAUGACGCGCAUGGAUCCUUACUGCAGAGUACGACUUGGCUAUGCUGUCUAUGAAACGCCUACAGCUCAUAAUGGAGCCAAAAAUCCCCGAUGGAACAAAGUUAUUCAGUGCACCGUUCCGCCUGGAGUGGAUUCUUUCUACCUUGAAAUAUUUGACGAGCGGGCUUUUUCAAUGGAUGAUCGCAUUGCUUGGACGCACAUUACCAUUCCUGAAUCGCUGAAACAAGGAAAGGUAGAAGAUGAGUGGUAUAGCCUGAGUGGAAGGCAAGGAGAUGACAAAGAAGGAAUGAUUAAUCUGGUCAUGUCUUAUACGUCCUUACCAGCUGCCAUGAUGAUGCAGCCUCAGCCAGUGGUCCUGAUGCCCACAGUGUAUCAGCAAGGAGUUGGAUAUGUGCCUAUAACAGGAAUGCCUGCAGUUUGUAAUCCGGGCAUGGUACCGGUGGCAGUUCCGCCUCCUGCAGUCAACCCUCAGCAUGUGUGUAAUGAAGAGGAUCUAAAAUCUAUUCAGGACAUGUUCCCCAACAUGGACAGAGAAGUAAUCCGUUCAGUGCUAGAAGCCCAGAGAGGAAACAAGGAUGCUGCUAUCAAUUCCUUGCUUCAAAUUGCAGAGGAAUCCUAGAUCCAUCUGUACAUUUUCCAUCUUCAUUAUUACCCUUACUUUUGAUUUGCCAAGCCAGGGAUUUAGUUAGAGAAAGAACUUCCUGAGAAAGCAUCCCAUCUGAGAGAUUGUGUUCCCAUCUUUGUGGUGAUGGUAGUUGGACAUUUGCACACUUUGUUUUUACAUAUGAUCUAUAGAAAUCCCAGCCAUUUUUAUUAAUAUAUUAAUUCUGCCAUGUGUUGCUGCAUUUCUAUUUGAGAGAUGGAGAUGGAGCAUCUAUGCUGCUUUUUCUUAUUUCCCUGUUUUGGAAAACUAAACACACACAAGCAUAUUCAUCCAGUUUUGUCACUAUGCAUUAUGGAGUUGAGGGGGGGAAGGGAGUGUAUAGGUUGAAUGAUUAGGAUGGACUCCUGUUCUACAGAGUGGCUUUAUUAAAAGUUCUCUCCCUCUCAUAAUAAAUGACUCCUUUUAUUCAGAUACAAAGCGAUUACACAGUGCCCUUCAGCAGUGAUAUCUGCUUAGUGAUAACAUUAUAGUAAUUUGUAAUAAUUCCUUGUGUAGCAAAACUGGCUUUCUUGUAAUUUUCGUCAUCUUUCUAAUGAGAGAUUCCCUUGCUCAACCUAUUAAUCGGGCCGCAAUGCAAUAUAUUUGUUUGGUUUUGUUUGUUUAGAGCUAGCUGCUCCUAUCUGAUGUGUUGCUCUGCUUCUGAAAUCUGAAAUCAUUUGUUUCUUGCGACACGGCAGCAAAUGCUGGAGGAACAGGGUUAUUUCUUAUAUGGUGUUGUGUUUACUUGCACUAUUCUUGCUUCUACAUUCGUGAAACAUUCAAAACAAUAAAAGCAGGAGGAUUUUAUACCUGGGAAAAAUCGGUAUCGCAAAUUUAUAAUUGUCCUUAUGAUCAGUUAUCAUAAAAUAAUAAUGAUUUAAAAUAAAUUUUCACUUGUCUGUAUAGUUGAAACCUGCUACUUUUCCCUUUUGGAGAAAAAAAAUACUUUCAAGGCAUAACACCGGUAGAAUAUACACUGUAAUGUUACUUUGUUGGGUACCAGCUGGCUUUAAUUCCAUCAAAAUUGAGCAAUGUGAAAGAAUCCAUUAUCACAAAUGAAACAAAACAAAUUUAAAAUACAAUCCCAAUAUGUAAGAAGAGGGGAAUUGUACAUAUUCACUGUGUAUUGUUAGAACUGUAGAAAAUGUAGGAGAUGACGAAUUUUGUGUCAGUUUAAUCAGUUCAUUUUUUUUGUUUGGGGAAAAAACUUUAAUAUGCACAUUUUUCUUAAUGUGCUGUUCACCUUUUUGAUGGUUUUAAAACAUUUUAAGUACUUUCUAUAAUUGCCAGCCAUACCUUGUACGUCCUCAAGCGUUUGAACACAAUACAGACUCUCGCAUUGGUUGUGAAUUUUAUCCCUUUGGAAUAAAAGAGCUCCUGUUUUCUGUCCUCUUUUUUCAUUCCUGUUCCUCUUCUUCAAGCAUUUAAAAAAAUGUCCACGAAAAUAUUUUAUCAUAUCAUCAUGAAUAUUCCUGGUACAGCCAGCUAUAGUUCAAAUAUUUAUUUUUUUAAUGAUUAAAAUAUAGGUGGGGAGAUGAUUUUUAAAUACAGUACCAAAAAUCUCUGUGUGUUUUUUCUGCUGUUUGUUGUUUAAAACAUAAGCAUCUUCCUUCUGUUUAGGUGGCAGACUUACAUUUGUGAGGGCUAAUUCCCUCCUCUCUGCCCUCCUACCCUGCUGUUGCUUUUUAAGUAUAUGAAUACAGUCUACUGCAAUGUGGGUUUUUGUUGUUUUUGCAGCACUCUUUAGGUCAAUCUUUGACAAACUGGUGCCCUCCAACUAUUUGGGGCUAAAAUACCCAUCAGCCCCAGCCAACACAACUGAUGAGAGUUGUACUCCAAAAUAUCUGGAGGGCUCCAGGUUGCUCUAGAUUGAAGAAGCAUAUGUGUCCAUCCAAAAGGUAAGUCGGAUACUUUCUUCAUAUUUUACAGUACUUCCAGAUUAAAGCUUUAACUAAUGAUGUACAUUUGUCAUUUGCAUCAUGGUACAGUUAGGUUUUGUGGCAUUUAUGAACUAAGAUCUUGAAGAGUAAGAUUACUCAAAAGUCUUCAGCAGAAAGUUUGGAAUAACAGUUUGGGGUUUGGAAAAAUCUUCUGUUGUAGCAUUAUACCCAUGGAGUAAAAUUGACUCCAAGAUUAUAGGAAACGACAUACUUUAAUAGUGUUUUUUAAGGUUACUCUGAGGUAGCCAGUGGAGAUGGGUUAAGGGUGGCUUGUAGUUUAGGGAAUUGUAUAUCUGAUCCUUUUGGAGCAGAAUUGUAAACACAGUGAAAACAGUUGAGAAUGCACUUUCACAGUAAAAACAUAUAUAUACAUGGAAAUGUUAUGAGUAAAUUCAGUUUCUGAAAGGUACCAGGAUGAGACCUAGGAAAGCCUAGGAAGCUUUAGUAGUGGUCGUUAAGCUGCAUUUUUAUACAGUAGAGGCCAGGGAACCAUCAUAGAUCAUGGGUAGUAAUAGGAUAGAUACUGUUAACUUUUUUCCUUUAUUGUGAAGAAAAUAAUGACAAUACACAUUAAUUUAAUAAAUGUCCUGCAUUCAAUGACUACUGUGUAUUAUUAAAAGUAAAAGGGGUAAUCACAAGCAUGGCUACUGUUAUAUGCAUAUCUUUUCUUGAUAACUAACUGGAUGUAUCCUAAUCCUUACUUCAAACAUGUAUUUGGAAGUAAUCCCAAUGGAUCUUAAGAAAAUUUGCCUCCAGAUCAGUGGGAAUAAGAUUGGGGUACAAGUUGCUGAUGUGCAGAACUGAAAUUCUCUAGUUACCUGUCACUUAAACUAAAUGCUGUGCAGCACACAAUUUUUAAUACUAUUUCUCAUAUGCUCCAUUUAAAAGAACAGCAUGUUCAGCUUUGUGUAUCUGGUACAGCGUUCCUCCACAGUCGGAAGAACUCUGCUGAAGGCUGAAUUGGUAUUGGCACUAGUUUCAAACCUGCCAAGGACCUGUGAGGGAUAAUUACAGGAAUAUUUUUGUCUAGCUAGAUUCUUCCCAGCUUCUUCUCUAUUGCUGUAUGAAUGUGUGCUGAUGGUUCCUGUGUACCCCUUUGCAGAUACUAUUGCUUGUAUUGGCUGACCUGUAAUACUGUAUAGAAGAUGUUUUGCUGUUAUAAUUCUGAAGACAUUGUUUUUUUUACUGUAUUGAGGUUCAGAUGUUUGUCUCUUGCAUUGUAAAAUCUUCUUUUCCAAUUCUAUCUAAUUUAAUAAAUGUAUACCAAACAUUGAAAAAGUAUGGUCUUUUACAGGAACCAGUAUGCAUUCCAACAUGAUUGAUUCAGAUGCUGGGAAUUGUAUUCAGUGAAAUGUAGACCAUUUUAACGUGGCAUUAACAUU